GAACCUCCACGAGUGGCCCCAAUGGUGGGAAGAGGAAGAGCUCCUCCGAGCUCUUAAAACAUCAUUGUCUUGGCGAUAAAAUCAGCCAGAGAUUCAGUGUGCUCUGACGGCUCGACUCGAUUAGACAACACAUCAAAGUUCAGCACCAUGGCCGAUGAGAAGAAGAAGGUUAAGAAGAAGAAGACCAAGGAAGAGGGUGGUACUUCCGAAACCGCUUCUGAGGCCGCAUCCGAGGCAGCAACCCCAGCACCAGCUGCAACUCCUGCCCCGGCCGCAUCCGCCACUGGUUCGAAGAGAGCGUCGGGCGGAUCCCGUGGCUCCAGGAAGUCGAAGCGCGCUGGCUCCUCGGUCUUCUCUGUGUUCUCCCAGAAGCAGAUCGCCGAGUUCAAGGAGGCCUUCCAACUCAUGGAUGCCGACAAGGACGGUAUUAUUGGCAAGAACGAUCUGCGCGCUGCCUUCGACUCCGUCGGCAAGAUCGCCAACGACAAGGAGUUGGACGCCAUGCUGGGCGAGGCCUCGGGUCCGAUCAACUUCACCCAGUUGCUGACCCUGUUCGCCAACCGCAUGGCCACCUCCGGUGCCAACGAUGAAGACGAAGUUGUUAUUGCUGCCUUCAAAACAUUCGAUAACGAUGGUCUCAUCGACGGUGACAAAUUCCGCGAAAUGCUCAUGAACUUCGGUGACAAGUUCACCAUGAAGGAGGUUGAUGAUGCCUACGAUCAGAUGGUGGUCGACGACAAGAACCAGAUCGAUACCGCCGCCCUGAUCGAGAUGCUCACCGGCAAGGGUGAAGAGGAGGAGGAGGAGGCCGCCUAAGGCGCAUCCGAUCACAUCCUAACUUCUAACUCAACAUCCAUAUUACAGCCAGAAUCAGAACGUUAAAUCAAUCAGUCAAAUCAGUAAUAAUAAACGUAAUUAAAAGAAACGCUCGUUUACAUAUGUAGAUUCUCAGUAUCUUGUAAUCUCUCUUUUGUUAACCAUCACCAAGUAUCAAGUAUCUAGUAUCAAGUACCAAGUACCUUGUACCAAGAACAACAACAACAAAAACACCAACACCACCACCAAAAAGAUCAACAACA